CAGGGGUGUGGGUAGCAGGCUCCUCCGGAAACUCUGGAUCCCGAGUACCCUUGUAAAGAAAGCGCCAAAAGAGGCGCAAAGGCAAAGUGACUGACUUGCCCUAUGCUUUGCUCCCCAGGGUGGUGUUAGCACAGACAGAGGUCCAGUGACUCCAGCUGAGAUCAGUUUGGCAACCAGACUCUUUCCCCAGGAGAAACAGCGCUUAUCAAGAGCACACCAGCAUACCUGUGCUUUGGGACCAGACUGAUGGCUUUGAGCUCAGGCUGGAGAGUGUUUGCAUCAUUUCCCAUGAACCGCUAUGUUGUCCUCUGGAAGGCUGUGAGAAGCAGUGGCUUCCCCUUGUUUCCCUGGGGUCACUGCCCCUGGAGAGGAACUGGAAGCCUUUUGGACCCUGAGAUGAAAGCUUUCCUGGAGGAGAACACUGAAGUCACCAGCAGUGGCAGCCUCACCCCUGAAAUCCAGUUGCGGCUUUUGACCCCCAGAUGCAAGUUCUGGUGGGAGAGAGCUGACCUGUGGCCCCUCAGGGAUCCUUAUUGGGCAAUCUACUGGCCAGGGGGCCAAGCCCUGUCUAGGUAUCUUUUGGAUAAUCCUGAUGUUGUCAGAGGAAAAUCUGUAUUAGACAUUGGGAGUGGAUGUGGCGCUACAGCCAUCGCUGCUAAGAUGAGUGGAGCCUUAAGGAUCUUGGCCAAUGACAUAGACCCUAUUGCAGGAAUGGCUAUUAAACUAAAUUGUGAGUUGAACCAACUGAAUCCUUUCCCCAUUUUAAUCAAAAAUAUUUUGGAUUUGGAACAAGAUAAGUGGGACCUUGUUGUGCUUGGAGAUAUGUUUUAUGAUGAAGACCUUGCAGACAGUCUGCUUCAAUGGCUGAAGAACUGCUUUGAGGCCCACAGAACUCAAGUACUGAUUGGUGACCCUGGGCGACCCCAAUUCAGUGGACAUAGCAUUCAGCGUCAACUGCACAAAGUAGCAGAAUAUUCACUUCCAGAGCCUACAAGGCAGGAUAACAACGGACUGACAACCAGCACGGUGUGGCAGUUUCAGCCUUGAGCUGUUGAUGUUCCUCCAAUAGGGGAUAUAGCUAUGUUUGGGUUUAACCUGAAAAGACUCUCUGGUUCAAAGAAGACAAUUUGUGUUAAAUGGUAAAUCUUGCUUUGAAAAUAUGAAUGUUGAAAUUUUGUCAGCCUUUGUCAUAUAACUUGUUCUACAGUAAGCCAAAUGCAGAAAUCUAUAUCUGUAAUUUUUUUUCUAGUUUUACUGCUGUGCUUAAUUGUUCUGUCAUGUUGAACUCUUUGCAAUCCAUGGACUGUAGCCCAUCAGGCUCUUCUGUCCAUAGGGAUUCUCCAGGCAAGAAUACUGGAGUGGGUUAUCAUGCCCUCAUCCUGUUAUAGGAAUAUAAUUAUACAAGGCAGUAUCCAAUAGUAACCACAUGUAAUUUAAGUAGCAGAGAGGAAUUAGAUUUUUAAAAAUUUUUUGGAAUUAGAUGUUUUAGCAGAGUCUGUUUCUAUAGUUUAGAACAACUACAAUGUAUCUUUGAAUUAAAAUAAAAAAUACAGAAUACUAUAUUUAAAUAAAAUUACCUGUAAAUAUCA